AAUCAUCAACAAUCGACACGCAACCGAGCAGGUCCACAACAUCAGGCAUGAAAAUAGAAACGAAACCUGCCAGGGGAUUAUAAUUUAGACCUUUUACUUUUAAUUUAUCUGUUUGUCUGGGGGGCUGAACAGCGCCAUGUUUAUCUCCUCACAGAGCUCAGCGCCCUCCUUCAGGGACUUCACCCUCGUCAUGCCCGCAGUGGCUGUGGGUAAUGUGGGUCAGCUGGCCGUGGAUCUCAUCGUGUCCACUCUGAACAUGAGCAGAGUGGGCCACAUACACACCGACUGUCUCAUCCCAAUGGCCGGGAACAACCCGUACGCCACCAGCAAAGAAGACGUAGAUGAGCUGCACACUCCUGCAGAAGUUUACACAGCAGCAGAACUGAAGCUGGCAGUCCUUCAGAUCAGAGCACCAAUUCUUCAGUCAAAGUCCAAAAAGUUUUGUCAGCUGCUCGUGUCUUGGAUUAAAUCCAGCGGCUUCUCCAGGACUGUCGUCCUCUCCAGCAGCCACGCCUACCAGAGAGAUGACGAGCAGCUGCAGGGCAUUCCUUUGAGGUACUUGGUCACUCCGUCCCUGCUGAAGGUGAGUUCAGAUGCUCUGAAGGAGCUGGGCUGGAGGGAGAUGGAGCGAGUCCCGGCCUUCCCUGGACUGACAGAUGGCAACGCUGAACCACGGCUCUGCAUCCCCGGAGGCGGCAUCACCAAAGGACUUUACACAGACAGUUGUGAAGAGGACCUCCCGCUGGCCGUGCUGCUUCUGUUCUGUUCAGAAGGUGACAACAUCCCAGACGCUUUCGCCCUCGUGAACCACCUCAACGACUGGCUCCAUCUGCUGGACGACCAUAGCCAACAGCCUAAUAAAUGGAAGAUCCCAGCUUCCUGGAGUCUCCUGUUUGGAAGUGGCAUCCCACCUGCACUGUUCUGAUCCACGUAUACAAUGUUUUAUUUUAUUUUUACCAUCCAUAAUCAAUAUGUGAUGAAUGCAAAAGCUCAGAAGAUGUUCUGCAGAUCUGUGCUGCCCAGCAGUGAGAUCUUUGUAGUUUUCAAACAGCAGUGAACUCUCGACUGGGGUCAAACCCGCCGAAUGAGGAUGGUGACUGAGGUAUAGAAACAUAGAAAUUGCUGAUUCAUAAUAAACCCACAAAAACCUCCUCUUUCUUGGAAAUUUAUCUUCUCAUACACACAUAAUACAAAAAAAAUGUGCAAAUAUGACCCAAACAUUCAGUUCUGGAGUUCUAUUUCCUGGUAAUUCAUUGCAUUUUCUAAUAAAAUGUUGCUACACGAA